UUAAAAGUGUCAAGUCUAUACUUGUGUGCCUGACGACUGUGAUGUGAUCUUUGUGAUAACAAUUUUAGCGCGAAAAUUACAGAUAUUGCAUAUAAUUUUAUAAAAAUGACAUAACAUUCCGCCUGCAUUGUAAAUAACUCGAAGAUAUAUAAAACUAGUACAAAAUGGAUAAAGAUAAUCGUGUGGUUGUGUUAAUUGACAUGGACUGUUUCUAUUGCCAAGUUGAAGAAAAACUUAACCCGGAAUUGAAGGGAAAACCUAUAGCUGUAGUGCAAUACAAUCCUUGGCAAGGUGGCGGGAUUAUUGCAGUAAACUAUGUAGCCAGAGCCCGGGGAGUCACUCGCCACAUGAGAGGGAAGGAGGCCAAGGAAAAGUGCCCGGAUAUAGAAUUGCCAUCUGUACCUUGUCAGAGAGGCAAGGCUGACAUAUCCAAGUAUAGAGAUGCUGGAAAAGAAGUAGCAAGGGUGUUGCAGAAGUUCACCCCUCUGCUAGAGAGAGCUUCCAUUGAUGAGGCUUACCUUGACAUCACAGCUCCUGUGGAAGCCCGACUAAAUACUCUGAAUGUUAACUCAGUACACACAGACAUGAUGCCCAACACCUUUGCCCUUGGUUAUGAUAGUGUGGAUGAGUUCCUGGCCGACGUUCACACAUGUGGCUUUGAGAACAUUGAGUUUGACUACGAACAUGCCAAACGGUUGCUUAUAGGUGCUGUCAUUGUCAGCGAGAUUAGGGCUGCUGUUUAUGAAGAGACAGGUUAUAGAUGCUCAGCAGGCAUAGCUCACAACAAAAUCUUAGCUAAACUAGUGUGUGGAAUGAACAAACCUAACAAACAGACUAUUCUCCCAAAACAUUGUAUUAAUUUAUUGUACAGCACAUUGCCCCUGAAGAAAGUAAAACAUCUUGGAGGAAAGUUUGGUUACACAGUCUGUGAAGUAUUGAAAAUAAGCAAUAUGGGAGAGCUACAAAAUUUCACAGAAAAGCAAUUACAGUCCAAGUUUGAUGAGAAAAAUGGAACAUGGCUAUACAAUAUUGCACGAGGGAUAGAUUUGGAGCCAGUUCAAGCAAAGUUCAAUCCUAAAAGUAUAGGAUGCUGUAAAAAUUUCAAAGGGAAGGCUGCUCUCCUUAAAUUAGAGAGCUUGCAGAGAUGGCUCAAAGACUUGGGUGAUGAAAUAGAAGACAGAUUAGAGCAGGAUGCAAUAGAAAAUAAUAGGACACCAAAACAAAUGGUUGUCAGCUACUCUGUACAGAUCUCAGACAGAGAUAUAAGUAGUUCCCGAUCAUAUAACUUUACCCCUGAAGAUGAACUGUGUGGUGAACUAUUCUCAAACAAAGCUUUAGAACUUCUUCUGGAAAGUUCUGAAGGAAUCAAGAUUAAAGAUUGCCCCAGUGACAUGAGAUUAAAAGCUCCAAUAAAAUUCUUAGGUAUCAGUGUUGGAAAGUUUGAAGAUAAUACAGAAGUAAAGAAAACUAAGAAAAUAUUAGAUUAUUUUGCUGCUGGAGCAUCUAAAGAUGUUACUGUGAAACCUAAAGAAGGAACUAAACAAGAAAAGAUCAAUGAAACAAGUGAUACAAUUAAAUCUGAACCCAAAACUAACAUUGGUAAAGACUACAUAAUGCAAAAAUUCUUACAAGCAUCACAGAAACCUCAAGUGAGUGAAAGUAUAAUGAAAGAUAAUGUUGAACAAAUCAAUCAAACAACUGAGCCAGUUCUACAGUCCAGCUUGGAUAAACAGGAGUCAUUUUUUGCUAAAAUAUUGAACCAAAACAAAUACAAUCCUAACAUUAGUAGAGUGCAACAAGACGUAGAUCUUCAGAAAAUACGACCAACAACGCCAGUCUGCGAUGUAGUCGCGUGUGGGGAAAAUAGUAAUGACUCCAAUUAUUCUGGUUCAACAAUCAAUGAUGAAAUAAACAAUAGUGUGGCUUUGUUUGAAGAGGACCCUACAAAAGUAAUUCGUGUUAAAAGUAUUAGGGAGCUGUUAACUAGUUCGCGUCUAAUCAAUGAAGACCCUGACUCCGACACUGCAUCGGAACCUGAACAAAAAAGUAAUGAAGUGCCGCCCAUGGUGCCUCGAAACGAAGUGCCAAAGGCGCCUCAAAAUGAAUCACAUUCAGAGACAUACCAAUGUCCUGAUUGCAAUAAAGCAAUAGCUAUCACUGAAGUUGCUGAACAUUCAGAUUUUCAUCUUGCAUUGAAAUUGAGAGAAGAGGAGAGACAACAUGUGCGUACAGAAAUAAAGGAAAGAAAAGAAGUCAAAUUGAAACAAAAUAUGGAAUCUAAAAAGCAACAACAGACCACCAAACCUGAACCUGUAUCUUCUAUAGCUAGCUUUUUAGUUAAAAUUGAUGACAAUAUUCCAACAGAAAUAUGCUCAACUUGUGGAAAAAAGGUCCCUUUGGAUAAGUUUGGAGAACAUCUAGAUUUCCAUGAAGCUCAAAAACUAAGUAGAGAACUAAAUAAGAAAACCAGUCCACAGUUUACUGGCAAUAGUGUAAAACGAAAACGGAAAUCUAAUUCACCAGUAAAGAAAAAUAAAAUGCCAUGUAGGCCAAUUGACUCAUUCUUUAGGUGACAUAUUGUGAUAUAUUAUGAUAUUAAUUAUUAUAAAGUGGAAAUAAAAAUUAAAACAAAGUA